GCCCGUGGUCUUGAUCUGUCUUUCCGCCUUGGCCUGCCUGCCAACUUCCUCCUGUCCAAUCCAGCAUCGAUCCAACCCGUCUUCGCUCAGCUCGGCUCGGCCAUCGACAUCCCUCUCCUGGACCAUCUCUGAUUCGCCCGUCCUGGAAAUGAACACCCCGAGGCGGCCCUCCGUCCCCAACGUCAACUCGCCCCUCUUUCGGCGCCCCAGCGCCAAGUUCGCCUCGGCCGAGGCCGCCAAGUUGGCGGGCGGCUCCAAGGCGAUGGGCGACAAGAGGAUAUCCAUGGCUGCCCUUCUAUCGCUCGCCUCCGAGAACGAUGCCGAGGUCGAUGAUGCCCUGACCAAAGCCCAGCGCAAGCUCCGUGAGCUGAAAGGUCGCAUCUCGUCUCAGUCCAAGCGAAACUUUUUGCUCGAGCGAGAUGUUCGCUAUCUCGAUAGCCGCAUUGCCCUCCUGAUUCAAAACCGGAUGGCCUUGGAUGAGCAACAAGAAGUUGCCAGCGCCUUGGAAGAAGCUGAGGCUGUCGAAGGAAGUCUUCCCGAUGACCGCCGCCGCCAGCUCUACGGCAACCUCUUCUUCCUUCUGCAGUCCGAGCCUCGGCACAUUGCUGUCCUGGCUCGAUUGGUCAGUCUCUCGGAGAUUGACACUCUUCUCCAGACCGUCAUGUUCACUAUCUACGGAAACCAGUAUGAAUCGCGUGAAGAGUUUCUGCUGCUCAGCAUGUUUCAGAAUGUCCUUGCUCACCAAUUCGAGACCGCUGCCGACUUUGGUAACCUCAUGCGUGCCAACACUCCUGUCUCGCGCAUGAUGACCACAUACACACGGCGCGGCCCUGGUCAAACUUAUCUGAAAACUGUUCUCUCGGAGCGUAUCAACCACGUCAUCGAGUCGGUCGGGCUUGACCUCGAAAUCAACCCUCUCAAGGUUUACGAGCAAAUGAUCAUCGAUAUCGAGACCACCACCGGCGAGCCUUGCAACCUCCCCCGAGGUCUCACCAUGGAAGCCGCUGCGGCAAACCCCGAUGUCAAGGCCAUUCUUGCUCCAAGACACAAGACCCUCACGGAUGUCGCCAACUCGUUCCUGGCGACCAUCAUCGACUCGAUCGAGCAGGUGCCCUAUGGUAUCCGCUGGAUUUGCAAGCAGAUCAAGUCGCUGACCAAGAGAAAAUUCCCUGAUGCUACCGAUGAAAACCUUUGCACGCUCAUCGGCGGCUUUUUCAUGCUGCGUUUCGUCAACCCCUCGAUCGUCACUCCUCAAGCAUACAUGCUCGUCGAGAGCACCCCCCAGAAGCACCCCCGCCGCACCCUGACUCUUGUUGCCAAGAUGCUCCAGAACGUAGCGAACAAGGCCACGUAUUCCAAGGAGCCCUACAUGCUCGAGCUGAAUCCUUUUGUGGAAGAGAACCGCGCCAGCAUCAACAAGUUCCUCCUGGAUCUGUGUGACGUGCCCGACUUUUUCGAGGCCUUGGAGAUGGAGCAGUACAUUGCCCUUUCGAAAAAGGAAAUCCAGCUCCACAUCAACUUGAAUGAAAUCUACAACACUCAUGCGCUCCUGCUGCAACAUCUUGAUGCCUUGGCCCCAAACCCUAAGCACCACCUCCGGGUCUGUUUGGAAGAUCUGGGCCCUGCUCCUGCUCAGGUCUCACGCAGCGAGAACAAAUCAAUUAUUCUGCCUCUCUUCAGCCGCUGGGAGACGCCCAUCAAUGAUACGCUCUCGACCCUGGGCGACGGCGAGCUUACCCAGACGGAUCUCAUCUAUAUGGACACCAAGGCGCACUUUGUGCACAUCCUCCGUACCCUGCCCAACCUCAUCCACAUGCCUGGAUUUACUCUUCUCAAGGCCGCCGACAACGCUGCCUCGUCCAGAGACCAGACGCUGAUGAAGAAGGGCCUGAAGGCACGCGAGCUGCUGCGUCAGCUCGAGGAACUUGGCGUGAUCGACCCCAAGGAUGGCCACAAGCUCAUUAUUGAGGAGAUCAAGCAGGAGCUCGAGCACCUCGGUAACCUGCGCGAAACCAUCAACAAGGAAAUCGGCAGUCUGGAGAUUGUCUUCAAGACCAUCUUGGACCACAACAACUACCUGCGAAACCAGCUCGAGAGCUACAAGACCUAUCUCCAGAACGUGCGCAUGCAGAGUGGCAUCCAGAAAACGGCCAAGCCCUCGGUCCAAGGCCCGAUCACAAUCUCACACACCCAGCUCGAGAAGGACGGCGUCAUUGUCGAGAGCAACAUUCCCGAAAACAGACGCUCGCAAAUCUUCUUCAACAUCAUCUCGCCAGUGUCCGGGACGUUCGUCAUCACCCUCAACUUUAAGGGACGUACCACACCGAUUCUCGAGAUGGAUUUGAAGCUCGAUGAUCUGCUGGAGAAGCAGAAAAUGGGCGUCGAGCUCCUCGAUCUCGAGUACGUCCAGCUCAGCGUGAACAAGAUCCUUGUGCUGAUUCGAAAGAACUUCCUGAAAGGAAGCAAAUAGACCCGCUUGGCGUGAUGUCUCUUCUUUUGGACCAAGCUGAUCUGCUUGGUGUCGCUGCCCGCCCUUGUCUCUGACACACACCGCCCGCGCUCCUCCUACUCCGCCGACGACGACGCCCCACCCACUUUUCUCGUCCUUCUCUUUGCUCAAUCGUUCCUCACUCAUAGCUGUAUUCCAUUGCUUCCAAUUCUUGAAACUAGCUCCUCCGCCUCCUUUUCCUCCUCCUCCCCUUGCCGGCGCUGUCUUGACUGCAGCGCGCUCACAUCCAAACAGGACAACCUGUUUUUGAGAUCGAUGGCCGCAUUCGUUCUGGAUCCUGAAUACAGGCGUUCCAAUACAACAAAAAACG